AUGACUCCGCUUGUGAGUAUUUUAUUUCAUCCCGUGUAUCAGCUGUAUACUAGGAGAAGGUCAGUAAACUCAGACCAGGAGAGAAAGAGGGAGAAAAAAAGAGAAAGAGAGAGAAAGAGAGAGAGAACGAGAGAAAGAGAGAGAAAAAAAGAGAAAGAGAGAAGGAGAGAAAGAAAAAGAAGGAGAGAUAACGAGAGAGCACGAGAGAGAGAGCGAAGAGAACGAGAGAGAGAACGAGAGAGAGAACGAGAGAGAGAACGAGAAAGAACGAGAGAGAACGAAAGAGCACAAGAGAGAGAACGAGAGAAAGCGAGAGAGAACGAGAGAAAGCGAGAGAGAACGAGAGAAAGCGAGAGAGAACGAGAGAAAGAGAGAAGGAAAAAGAGAGAGAGAGAGAAGGAAAAAAAGAGAGAGAAGGAGAGAAAGAGAGAUAUCUUCAACGGAGCAGGAAGUUAAUUAGACGCAUCUAAACUUUUAAAAGCCUUAAAAUUUGUUGCAAAAGUUUUUUGAAAGAUUUUGCUCUGGGAGUAUUUUUCUUUAUUAAAAUAUUUUUAAAAAAUAUUUGCGCAUACAUUAAUAUGUACAUGCCAUUUUGCCGAUUAUAGUUAGAAAAUAUAAAUAUAAGAUCAAUUGUUGAAUGUAAAGAUCAAGAGUUCUAGUUUACAAUUAGAGAGUAAAAGAUCAAGAGUUUUAGUUUACAAUUAGCGAAUAGAAAGAUCAAGAGUUUUCGUUUACAAUUAAAGAAUAUAAAGAUCAAGAGUUCUGGUUUACUCUUAAAGAAUAUAAAGACCAAGAGUUAUA